AUGUCGUCGAUCGCGUCGGCGAGCGCCGCGCCUACUGCGCCCGUCAAGGCGCCUCCACAGGCUGGCAUUCUUGAGGGCGUGAACCCGGUGCAUUUUGACAAGAACCAUCCGAUCAUUCUGUUUAUUGUGCAGGCGGGUAUUAUCAUCAUAUUUUGCCGAGCGCUCAAUUGGCCUUUGUCCAAGCUCCGCCAGCCUCGUGUCAUUUCUGAAAUUAUCGGCGGUAUCGUUUUGGGACCAUCUGUUAUGGGCCGCAUUCCUGGCUUCAAAGACUCCAUUUUUCCGGAGGAGUCUAUGACCAACUUGAAUCUGGUUGCCAACAUUGGUCUAACACUCUUUCUCUUCAUCAUUGGACUUGAAGUCGAUUUACGCUUUUUGCUUAGCAACUGGAAAGUGGCGCUCAAUGUUGGUAUCGCCAGUAUGGCCAUUCCAUUUGGACUCGGAUGCGCAAUCGCAGUGGGUCUGUAUAAUGAGUUCAAAGACGAGCCCGGCACAGUGCAGAUUGAAUUUCCAAUCUUCAUGUUGUUUAUCGGUGUCGCCAUGGCCAUCACAGCUUUCCCUGUUCUCUGCCGUAUUCUUACUGAAUUGAAGCUGCUUAUGACCCCCGUCGGUGUCAUCGUUUUGUCUGCUGGUGUCGGCAAUGACGUCGUAGGAUGGAUCCUGCUCGCCCUUUGCGUUGCUCUCGUCAACGCUGGUUCUGGACUGUCUGCACUCUGGGUACUUCUUACCUGUGCAGGGUACAUGAUAUUCCUCGUCUACGCCGUUCGACCAAUCUUUGUGUGGUACCUCCGUAAAAACCGUGCGCUCCAAGAUGGGCCCAGUCAAGGUGUCAUCAGUGUCACUCUUCUGAUUGCACUUGGAUCUGCUUUUUUCACUGGCAUUAUUGGUGUUCACCCUAUUUUUGGAGCUUUCAUGGCUGGUCUAAUCUGCCCUCACGAAGGUGGAUUCGCUAUCAAAGUCGCAGAGAAGAUUGAGGAUCUGAUCGGCGGACUGUUCCUACCUCUAUACUUCACCUUGUCCGGACUCAACACGAACAUCGGUCUCCUCGACUCUGGCAUUACUUGGGGAUACGUCAUUGGAGUUGUCGUCGUCGCAUUCUUCUCCAAAUUCAUCAGCGCCACCCUUGCAGCUCGAAGCACGAAGAUGCUGUGGCGAGAGUGCUUUGCUAUUGGUUCUCUGAUGAGUUGUAAGGGAUUGGUCGAGCUCAUCGUUUUGAACAUUGGCCUGAACGCAAAGAUUCUCAGUGCCCGAACCUUCACCAUUUUCGUCGUCAUGGCACUGGUGACUACCUUUGCCUCUUCUCCAUUGACAGCCUUGUUCUACCCAGUCUGGUACCAGAAGAAGGUAGAGUCGUGGCGCCGUGGUGAAAUCGAUUGGGACACUGGCAAACCACUCGAUGGUUCUGAGACACCACGCAACAGUGUGCACUACGAGAAGCUUGCAGCUGAGAAGAUCAAGCGAUUGACUGUGUACCUGCGUUUGGACAGCAUGCCCAACCUACUCGCCUUUACUUCUCUGUUUGGCGGCAACGCAGAUGCGCCAGCCGCAAAGAUUCAUCCUUCCAAGGCUCUUAGCGGAACCACGAAGACAACUGGAGAAUCUAGCGUUGAAGAGGUCGCUCCCAUCCGCCCCGUCGAAGCUUAUGGCUUGAGGCUGCUGAACCUGACCGAUCGUGGUUCCUCCGUCAUGUCCGUGUCCGAGAUCGAAUCAUAUACCGCCUACGACCCCGUCGUCAACACAUUCCGCACAUUCGGACGCCUCAACAACCUUGCUGUAUCGGGUGAAGUACUCGUCGUACCCGAGUCGUCUUUUGCUGAAACCCUCAGCAUGCGCGCGUCCGAUUCAGACUUUUUGUUGCUGCCAUGGAGCGAGACCGGUGGUAUGUCCGAACAAGCCAUCAUCGAGGACAAGGGUACCAAGAACAAACUCGCGGCAUCAGGCUACACAAGUUUCGUUCACAAUGCGCUCGAGCAGUCUACUGUUCCUGUUGCCGUAUUAAUCAACAAGAACUUUGGCGGAAGCAAGAACAAAGAUCGCAGGGGUGGAAACAUGAGAUUGACACGCACAGUCAGUAGUGUGUCAUUACACAGCAAUAGGGAAAAGGACGUCACAGCACCCAUCGCCGACCGCAGCCAUCACAUCUUCUUCCCAUUCUUUGGCGGAAAGGAUGACCGUGCGGCUUUGAGACUGGUGUUGCAACUGGCAGAGAACCCACAGGUUACUGCUAGCAUCGUACAUUUCGAAGGCGCUGAACCAACGUCAACAUCAGUAUCCACUCCAACAUCGACUGGCAAGGCAGGCGAGAUCGUCACCAUUGAACCUUCUCUAGAACAAGACUCCGCUUUCUUCGCAUCUCUCCGCUCCUCCAUCCCCGCCGAAAUGUCCAACCGCGUCGUCUUCGAGACUGUGUCUUGCUCUUCACCCGUUUCAGACGUCAUCGAGCGCGCCAGACUUGAAGUCGGGCAGGCUCCCAAGAACGCCGGAGAUCUUGUUGUCCUUGGCAGGAACAUUGCUCGCAAUGGUGUCUUGGGUCGCACAGACGCGGAUGAGAUCAGGAGCUCGACCGAUGCAGCAAGCACGCUGGGUGUGCUUGCUGAGAAGGUGUGGGAAGGCAAGCUUGGAGCGAGUGUGCUGGUCGUUAAAGCUGCCUAUUGA